AUGGCUACCGCCCUUCGUCUGAGCUCAUCUGCCUUCCGGGCAACCGUCCGGAGCCCUAUGCUCACAGCACGCACCACAGCUUUCAAUGCCGUGCGAUGUUAUUCUUCCAAGAGCCAGACCCUGAAGGAACGUUUUGCGGAGUUGCUGCCUGAGAAGAUUGAGGAGAUCAAGGCUCUCAGAAAGGAGCACGGUUCUAAGGUGGUUGACAAGGUCACUCUCGACCAAGUAUACGGUGGCGCACGGGGAAUCAAGGCUCUGGUGUGGGAGGGUUCCGUUCUCGACUCCGAGGAAGGUAUCCGCUUCCGUGGCAAGACCAUCCCCGAAUGCCAGGAGAUUCUUCCAAAGGCCCCCGGUGGCAAGGAGCCGCUGCCAGAAGGUCUCUUCUGGCUGCUCCUUACCGGCGAGGUCCCGACCGAACAGCAGGUCCGUGAUUUGUCUGCCGAGUGGGCUGCCCGAUCCGAAGUCCCCAAGUUUGUCGAGGAGCUUAUCGACCGCUGCCCCACCGACCUCCACCCCAUGGCGCAAUUCUCCAUCGCCGUCACUGCUCUCGAGCACACUUCGUCUUUUGCUAAGGCCUACGCCAAGGGUAUUAACAAGAAGGAAUACUGGGGGUACACCUUUGAGGAUUCUAUGGACCUGAUUGCCAAGCUCCCGACCAUCGCUUCGCGCAUCUACCAGAAUGUCUUCAAGGGCGGAAAGGUUGCGGCCGUGCAGCAGGACAAGGAUUACAGCUUCAACUUUGCCAACCAGCUAGGCUUUGGCGAGAACAAGGAUUUCGUUGAGCUGUUGCGGUUGUACCUGACCAUCCACACCGACCACGAGGGCGGCAACGUCAGCGCGCACACAACCCACCUCGUCGGCAGCGCCCUAAGCUCGCCCUUCCUGUCCCUCGCUGCUGGUCUGAACGGUCUUGCCGGCCCCCUGCACGGUCUGGCCAACCAGGAGGUUCUUAACUGGCUGACCGAGAUGAAGAAGACGAUCGGCGACGACCUGAGCGACGAGAAGAUCACGGAAUACCUGUGGUCCACCCUGAACGCCGGUAGGGUAGUUCCCGGUUACGGCCACGCCGUCCUCCGCAAGACCGACCCGCGAUACACGGCGCAGCGCACGUUCGCGCUGGAGAAGAUGCCCAACGAUCCGAUGUUUCAGCUGGUCAGCCAGGUCUACAAGAUCGCGCCCAAGGUCCUGACCGAGCACGGAAAGACCAAGAACCCGUACCCCAACGUGGAUGCCCACUCGGGCGUCCUGCUGCAGUACUACGGCCUGACGGAGGCCAACUACUACACGGUCCUGUUCGGCGUGUCGCGUGCGAUCGGUGUGCUGCCGCAGCUCAUCAUCGACCGCGCCUUCGGAGCGCCGAUCGAGCGGCCCAAGAGUUUCUCGACAGCCAAGUGGCAAGAGAUUGUCAAGAAGCUAUAG